UCUGAGGCGAUACUGAAACGGCGAGCAGACAGAAAGCAGGAAAGAAAAGCGGCGAUGUGAUGAGGGGAGCUAAGGCGGAGCUAGCCAGCUUAGCGCCAGUGUUUUGAACUUUCAGCCGGGGCAUGUAAAGCGCGGUUCGGCUGGUAGAGAGUGAGAGAGGCCGCCCCACUCCCCUCCCCUCCCCUCCCUCCCCCUCACAAACCCCCGCCUUUCGGCUCGGGGAGAGCACACAGGUGUAUGAGCCCCAAGCACUCGGCUAACUCUCCGACUCUCAGCUGAAAGGGCCACCGGGAGGAGAGCCACGGCCAUGGCCGAGCCGGCCGAGCCUAAAGCCGGUCAGCGGGCGCCGGUUCGCGUCGGAUUUUAUGACAUAGAGCGGACUCUGGGCAAAGGCAACUUCGCCGUAGUGAAACUAGCCAAGCACCGUAUCACCAAGUCUGAGGUGGCCAUAAAGAUCAUUGACAAGACCCAGCUAGAUGCUGCCAACUUGGAGAAGAUCUACAGGGAGGUGGAGAUUAUGAAGCUGCUGGACCAUCCUCACAUUAUCAAGCUCUACCAGGUCAUGGAGACCAAGAACAUGCUCUACUUAGUCACAGAGUAUGCCAAAAACGGGGAGAUCUUCGACUACCUGGCCAGCCGUGGGCGGCUGAGUGAGGCGGACGCUCGCCGGAAGUUCUGGCAGAUUCUCUCGGCCGUGGAGUACUGCCACGAGCGCGGCAUCGUCCACCGAGAUCUGAAGGCUGAGAACCUGCUGCUGGAUGCACAUAUGAACAUCAAGAUCGCAGACUUCGGCUUUGGAAACUUUUUCCGCCCCGGAGAGCCUCUGACCACGUGGUGCGGCAGCCCCCCGUACGCCGCCCCGGAAGUGUUUGAGGGCCAACAGUAUGAAGGUCCACAGCUGGAUAUCUGGAGCAUGGGGGUGGUCUUGUACGUGCUGGUGUGCGGAGCUCUGCCGUUCGAUGGGCCCAGCCUGCCUGUUCUGAGACAGAGGGUCCUUGAGGGCCGUUUCCGCAUCCCCUACUUUAUGACCGAGGACUGCGAGCACCUAAUCCGGAGGAUGCUGGUGCUGGACCCGGCCAAGCGUUUGUCCCUGAGCCAGAUCCGUGAGCACCGCUGGAUGGUGCAGGAAGUGCCGUCUCAGAGGCCUGUACUGUAUCGGCAGGGCGUGGCCGCAGACGGCAAGGUGGGCUUGGGAGAGCAUAGCGAACAAGUGCUCCGUCUCAUGCACAGUCUGGGCAUCGACCAGCACAAGACUAUAGAGUCUCUCCAGAACAAAAGCUACAACCAUUUUGCUGCUAUCUAUUACUUGCUGGUGGAAAGGCUGAAGGCCCACCGAAGCAGCUUCCCCGUAGAGCAGCGGCUCAACGCCACCCAGCGCCGCCCUAGCACCGUCGCUGAGCAGACAGUUGUCAAGGCUUCUGUCCCGGCCCAGGUGGGUCUCACCCCUCAGUCUGCACGCCACCUGCGCUCACCGGUUCUCCUGCAGACCUCCACUGAGACAUUUAGCUUCCCACAAUGCCCUGCUUCCCCAGAGCAGGCCCUCAUGGAGGAGGAGGUGGCUACUCCCAAGGUGGACGGCUGUCUGUUGGACCCUCUGCCCCCAGUUGUGGUCCGCAAGGCCAGUGGCUCGCUGCCAGGAAACGUCCUGGAGACGUCCAUUGACGAAGGAAUUGAGGCUGAGGAGGAACAGACUACGCCUCCUGCCGCCUUCCAGACCACUCGCUUCAGCCAGCGCAGGCACACACUGUCUGAGGUCACCAACCAGCCGGGAGCUCUGCCCACCACAGGGAAGCUACUUUCCAUGGGCCUGAACCCGUCUCUGGGCAGCAUGGACUCCGAAUAUGAUAUGGGCUCAACACACAGUGACCUCAGCCUACCUGAAGAGACUCCGACUCUUACAAGCAUGCUGGCUGCAACACCCGUCAGUCAAGGAGGCCCCUCCUUCAUUUCCAUGAAGCCUGCUAACCCAACCCUGCAGGCCCUGAGCUCAGAGGGGCGGGACACUCACAAUCAUUCACCAGUCAACUUCCGAGAAGGCCGCCGAGCGUCCGACACUUCUCUCACACAAGGUCUGGUGGCUUUCCGGCAGCACCUCCAGAACCUGGCCAGGACCAAGGGCAUCCUGGAGCUGAACAAGGCCCAAAUGGUGCUAGGAUCUGGGGCUGGAGAUGCCAACUUCCAACCUAAACCCCUGGAGCUCUCAGAGCUCUUAGAGCCUCAGCACCAGGGAGACGGACAUCAGUCUCACAGCGGAAAGGACAUGGCCACGUUCUCUACAAAAAUGCAUCCUUAUCUGCUGUCCAGAAGACAGUCUCUGGAAACCCAGUAUCUUGCUCAAAGGCUGCAGAGGGCCAGUCUGCUGGCCAGCGGUCCUGGCAGUGGGCAGAUGUUCUGUAAGGAGCCUUUACCUCGUACACUGGAGCAGCAACUGCAAGAACACAGGCUCCAGCAGAAGAGGCUCCACCUCCAGAAGCAGUCACAGUUGCAGGCCUACUUCCACCAGAUGCAGCUGGCUGAGGACCAGUACCCACCGGCACAAGAGUGCUUGGACCCCCAGCACAGCACGCCACUUUCCAGUCCGCCGUUCUCCCGGACCCAGCCCCUCACUCCGCUCCUAGAGCCUGGCACCCCGACAUUCCCCUACAGCCCAGACCUGCUCUUCCCCUCUGCUGCAUCUCCCCCAGACUGCCUCACGUUCAGCCGCUCCGCAUACACCCCAUCCACCCCCACCGAGCCCCUGUACGCCUGGAGUCCAGCUCAGCCAUCCCCACUGCCCCCCAGCCAAGGAGAGACCAAAGCGGCCCAGCCCGCCCCGGAGCCUUCCUACAUGGACUGUGAAAUGAUGGAGACGGUGGAGGCCCAGCAGGGUUGUGUGCUGGUGAACUGAAGCUCUACUGCAGUGGUCACCAAUCCCCCUCCUCGACAUCUACUGUCCUGCUAGGUUUGAUCUCCAACCCAAAAGACCUAAUGUAGCUAAUCAAAGCAUCCUGAACGCAACUGCUAACAUACUACACACAAGGUGGGAGAGAAUUUGGUAGCACUGGUAUAAAAAAGCACCUCAUCAGGGCUCACUCACACUCAUUUGAGAUGGUCUGAGCAGGUACUAACACGUCACGGCUUACUGAAAUACACAACGUGAGGCGUUAUUAAUGAAAAUAAAUUAUGAUUAUUAUUAAUAAAAAUAAAUUUUACAUUUUAUUACACUCUGUCGUACACUACUCAGCCGUUUCUGCCAUUUUUCCAAAUUAAGGUCUUGAAGGUUACACAACGAAGCAUGCUUUUCUUGGCCGCAUCCAAAGGAUGCUACAAAACAGGACAGUUUUCUUUGAAACAACAGCCAAGAAAUGCAUCCUUGCAUUUGACACACGGCUAAACGAUCUAGCAUGCAUGGGUGGAUUCUUGAGUACGGUGUUGAUGGACACCAUUGUCCAACAGUGCACACCAUGCAGAAAGGGAGGAGCAACUCAUGGCUGGUAAAUAAACUUACAUACAGGUUAGUAAUUAAAGCUUUACUCCUCUGCAGGAGGGUCUUUACCAUCUCAAAGAAGUAGAAUUAAUGAAAACCAAAAACACAUAAGCAAGUCCGUGACACCUUUAGGGUUGGAGUCAAACUCUGCAGGAUCGUACAUCUUCAAGAGCAAGAUUGGUGACCACUUCUCUACUGGUUCAAAUGGGGUCACACUGGGGCUGGAUCUCAGGAUAACUCACAAGGAGGGGCCACUUGGGGUUGGAGAGCCCUCAGGGACAAACAAGAUGCCGUUGUUGUUAAUAAUGUCCAACUGUAUUGACCCUGUAAACCUUCCCCUUUUGGAUCCCAGGGUUCAGAUGAUUUACGUUGUCAGUCGUUUGUAAGACCUGUAGUCUUUAAAAGAAUUAGCUCAACAAGCACAAAGGGAAUCAGAAAGCACAUCACAGUUACAGUAGAUUCAUCAGUAUUAAAGCAAUAUGUUCUCUGUAGAAUGCCCUGUAAAUUUGAUAGGGUCCCUCCUCUCUCUCUCUCUCUUUUAAACCUUUUUUAUAUCCCUAAAUUGUUGUCAUUGAGUCAACUUUCAGUGUUGGUGUCAUUUAUUUUGUCUGGAUUUGGAAAGAAAAACUGUAAAUACUGAGACCUCUCUGCGAAAAGAGGGUAAAGGAAGUUUUACACAUCCAAACGGUUCCACUAAGGUACUUUAAAAUGGAGAAAAAUGGUAAAAGUGGUAAAUGGUAAUGACCAAGAAUGAGCACAGUGUAAAGCUACAGUAAAUGGUAGAUCUGACCAUGCAGUUCCUUCUUAGGCACAACUCCGUACGCUGCGGUUCUGCCGUUCUAGUUUCUAGGCUCGGCUAUUUUAUGAAUGGACAAAGCAAACCACUGAUUUUACUGCUGCUCCUAGUGAGCAAUAAGGAGCUGUAAAAUGUCCUCGCACAAAAGGCUGCUAGAUGAACUCUUCUAAAGAUUUCUCCAGAAACCUUUUCUAGUGUUAUAGUGACGUGCCUUUCUAUUCCUUUUUUCUUUUCUUUUCAAGAAUGUAUGUUUUAAUGGAAUCCUGCGAAAUUUCCUGUCAGGGAAUAGUGUUAAGUGACCUCUUUACAGAACCAAAGCCCCUCCGAGGUCCUCCUUCCAACUCCACUGUGUGGCUUUUAGGGGGAUCAGAUGAAGCUACGUGACAUGGUUACGGUCCAACAAUGUUAUACGCCGUCCAGAAGUAUAAUAGCAAUAUCUGAAGCUACAGUAAUAGUCCUGAUGCCUAGAAUAGGUGUCGGUAGUGAAUGUGUUUACUUUGUCUGUGCCAUUUCACGCCUUUCAAGAAAAAAAACUUCAUCAAUUGUUAGAGUUUGUAGUCAAGCUUUUGUUGGCUAUACUUUGUUGGUAUUAAACCUGAGAGAUUGCAGUUAAA